GUUUCAUAGUAAUUAUCGUGCGUGUGGGAACGUUACUUUCGAAAUGCGAUUUUGUAUCGACCUUCGAUACGAAGUUGUCAGUUCCCGAAAGGGACAUCACUAUUUCCUUUAUGAAGAUACGCUCCAUACACUGAGAUUUGGCGCCAUUAGUGAACAGUAGCACAAUUUUGUAAAGAAAAACGUAUUUAUUAAUUAUUCACAGAUGCAGAGAACAAAAUAAAACAAAGUAAUCAAUUGAUAAACAUCAGUACAUGUACUACAAGGAUAAUUAUCUACGGAUUUAGAAAGAAAGAAGGGUGAAGGUGACCGGAAGGGUUAUCACCUAAAGCUUUAUCAGGGCAAUAUAGGAUGGAGUAAGAAAGAGAUGAGAGGCAUGGACGGACAUUCGCUGGUGCUUGAAGGUACAUACAAUAUAAUCUAUGCGCACGUGGUGAACAUUGACAACUUUUGCCGUGCAGGCUCUGGCAACACUGCUCUUUGCCUAAAUCCAUGGCGGACGUGCUUCGUAUUGCAAUGCUUCAAAUUAAGUCAUGUUUUAAUAAAGAAAAGAAGAAGAUUUUGUAAUUUAAUCAUCAGAACUACUGAUAAAAAGUGUGAUCAAGUUUUAUUUACGUUUUUAGUAUGUUUCGUCAAGAAUUCUGGUGUUUAAAGUGCCAUAGCAACUAUCUACAAACUCGCCCAUUUCCUUUGUGAUCUAGAUAUUAAACAUAUAGGUAGUGGUGGUAAAAAAAUGCAGUGUAGAGAUGUGUAACUGUGUGAAUUGUGAGAUAAAGGAUGUGUAAUUUACUGUUUAAAUCCAUCGGUUAUUAUGUAUGAAGUGUAAUAAUUUAGAUUUCAAGUGCUUUAACCUCAAAUGCGGAAAUAGCCGCUUUUGGUUUGUGCAACCUUGGCUGAUAACUUGAGUUUCGCGAUUUUUACUAAACAUUAUAUUCGAGGAGAUCAGUACAAUAAAUAGUCUCUGAACAGGUUGACAAUGAAAUAAUAAUGGUCGAAAUAGGAGUACCUCAACAAUCAGCUGACGAAAGCUUAGAAAAUGCAGAAUGGUUCUGGGGCGAUAUUACCCGAGAUGAAGCAUAUGAGAAACUUAGGGAAACAUGUGAUGGUACAUUUCUAGUCCGUAAUGCCUCAAAUAAAGAUAGUGGAUAUACACUGACUGUCAGGAAGGGUGGCACAAAUAAGCUCAUAAAGAUAUACAAUCAAGAUGGCCGCUAUGGCUUCUGUGAACCCUUUGAAUUCACCUCUGUGGUGGCUUUGGUUGAAUUCUACAGGGAGUAUUCAUUGGGACAUUGCAAUAACAGCUUGGAUAUCAAACUUAUGUACCCGCUAUCACGGCACCAAGAAAAUGAUGGAGGUGAAAAUGAUGAGACUUUAGAGGAAAGAUAUAAAGAAAUUCACAAAGAAUAUGUAUUGAAGACCAGAAAUUUUGGUGAACGAUCUUACAAGUAUAUGAGGCUUAGAGAAGAGGUAAAAUGUAAGAGACAAGCUUUGGAUGCCUUUAGAGAGACAAUAAAAAAGUGUGAAGAACAUUUAAAGUUACAAGAGAAGAUGAUAUCUGAAGCUCAACCACACGAAAAGAAUGGUCUCACUGAGAAUUACAAUCAACUAAUCUUCCGGUUAAAUAGUUUAAAACAAGCUAAAAUACAACUCAAUAACUUGUUAAGGGAAGCAGUUAAAUAUAGCUUACAGCUUGAAAGAGAAACCACCAAACUUAAAUCCGAAGUUAUGAAUUUAUAUAGUACAAAAGAACGAAACAAAGUAUGGUUAAAGAGGCGUGGAAAGACUGAUGAAUAUCUUCAGGCUCUGGAAGAUGAUAACACUGACAAGCUAGAAGAAUUAUAUGCCCAUCGUGAAUCAAUAAGUUGGAAAGUAGAAAACUGUGAUCGAGAUAUGGCUGAGAGGCUCCUUGAAGGAAAACCUCAAGGCACCUUCUUAAUUCGACCUAACUCAACUGGUCAACAUGCUUUGUCAAUUUGUUGCAAUAAAAUGGUGUAUCAUUGCAUAAUCUUUAAGACUGAACGAGGUUAUGGUUUUGCAGAACCUUAUAAUGUUUAUAAAACUUUGAAUGAGCUUGUAUUACAUUAUGCAGUUAAUUCCUUAGAAGAACACAAUGACAAUUUAAAAACGACAUUGAAAUAUCCUGUGAAUGCUCAUUUGGUGAAGGAACCAGAGAAGAAACAGCAGCAAUGAACAAGUGCAUUUAGUAUAUUGGUAAGUUUGAAGGAACCAAAUGGCUAGGAGAGUAGAGUAGUAGCGUAAGCUUUAUACUUUAUUAUUAGGAGUUUUUCUGAAAACACUUUGUUUAUCUUCUAUUCUGUGAAUAGAUCAGCAGUGUAAGUGGAUAUUGUGUUAUGAUUCUGAAUGAGUUGUAUGCAACAACAUAAAUGAAUGUCUUUUGAAUCUUUUCAUACAAAUCAGUUAUGUGGUUAAAAUAUUUGUAAUUGUUGUUGAAAUUUAGAGUUGAUAUAAUGAACUUUCAUGUUGCUUUAUUACAUAUUGAUUCAACAUGUUCCAGAAAUAUAAACAAGUAGGUCAUUUACUUCUUAUCUUUCAUAAUCAUUUAUAAAAUGUUAAUUUAACAUUUGUCAUUAUUUUAAGAUAUACGACUUUUUGGUGUUACAAUUACAUUUGAUUAUUGCCGUUAUUGCGCUCACACACACAUACACACACACAGCAUAUUAGACCAUUAAUAUUAUAAUGUAUUUAUUACGUAAAAUUAUAUUUUUUUAUUGUCAUAUUAUGGUUACAGUCAACAAAAUCUUUAAAAUAUUAGGUAUUGGAAUCUUAAACAAAAGUUAUUUAGAUUUAUUUGUAGGAAUUUAGUGCAAAGUUUUAACAAAUUGAAUGGUACUAAUCUGAAAGUAUUUUGGUAGUAAGUAAAUUAUCUUUGAUUAAGUGUGACUGAACCAAGAUAGCCUUCUCCCAACUCUGCUUGGGUUGAGAUAUGAUUGAGAACAAAAUCUUUCAGCCCUGUGUUUGGGUGUGUGUAACCAAGAUUUGUAAGAAUGUAAUUUUUUUUGUAAAUCUAUCAUGCAGUCAUCCUGAAAUUGUAUAGUAAUCAUAGAUUAUUUCCUUACUUUGGCCUAAACUUAUUAAAUAUUUUAUUGUUUAUGUUACCUUUACUUUAUUUGAAAGAAAGGAGGGAAUACUUUUAGUUUGUAUAUAUAAACUUUUUGAUAAAAAAGAAAUAUGUUGCUUUCAUCGUCAUUACCAGGAGUAACAAAGUUCAAUUCACAUUAUGUGUAUGGUAUGUUAUCUGCACAUGGAACCUGUGUAUUGCUUGCAUAUUUACAUGGCUAUUUAUAUUUAACAUUGUAAGUUCGACAGCAGGAUAUUCUUAUCAUCUUUUUAGGAUAUGAAAAGGAGAGACUGCUGUAAAAUUUAAGGUAUAUUUGCUUGCUCUCUGAAUAUUCUUUAGAGUUUUUUGGUUAUUACCGUGAAUUACUAUUGUACCUAAGUACAAAAAUACAAGGAAUUAGUUAUGUUUAAAAUUUAAAUAAUAUAUUACAGGAAAACUGAUUAAACAUUAAUGAAUUUUUAAGUUGAUGUUGUCAAUAUAUAAUUGCAAUAAAAUAAGACAACACGUCAUUGAAAAGCAUUAAACUUGAUUGUCUUCUCCGAGUGCACCUUUUGAUAUUCAUAAAACUGAAGCUGAAAUGUUGCGUAACAUACCUUUAAUUUUUGUUAAUUUAUAUUGUGAUAGUAAUGUGAUAAAACUCUUGAUUUCAUAAUUAACACAUAUUUUGUUGAAUACAAAAAAGUUUUGAAACACCUGAGUUGUAGUAAUGUAACAGUUUUUUUCUUUGUAUGAUCGGAAAUGUGAUCUUCCUUAGAGUACUAUAUGUAAAGAACUAAUUUUUGAAAUGAUGAAGGGGCCUUUAAGGAUCGAUGGAUUCGUGAGUAUAAUAUUUGAAAAAUAGAGUCAAUGAAGAUGUAUGGAUGAAUGUCUCUGCAUAAAAUAGAAGUCUGAUUAAGAGGAAAAUUGAUAUUUGAAGCUGUAAGCUACUGUGAUUGGGUGGAAUGAUUUAUUCAAUCACAUUGUUUUGACUGUGAAUCGCUAAAUUAUUAAAUAUAUAUAUUAUACUGAUUUGUCGUAUACAUAUUCAGAAUUACCAUGAUGACAAAACUGAUGCAUGAUUUUCCAAUGAAGUUAACUUGAAUGUCGAUUUUAUUAAAAUGUACUUGAGAGUAGGUAAGCCCUCUGAUCUAGUGUUUGUUAAAAUGAGUAAUUUAUUUCAAUUUACAUAUAUAGCAAAGCAAAAAGAUGUUUAUAUAUUUAUUUAUGUAUAGGGAGCGACAAGUUAAUGUCGUACAAAAGCAUCUAUAAAUGAGUAUAGGGUUGGUUGCAAUUUUUAUACUAUAUCGUACAUCCUACUAUUUAUAAAUAUAUGUAUAUGUGCGUUCUAUGAAAUAAGUAUAAAUAAGCUGCUCUAAAUCCAUAUAUAAAUAUACCAUCCAUAGCUAAAACAUUUGGUGAUUCUUGUGCAAUGUUAAAAUUUUUGAAACCUUUGAAAUUAAUAUACAAUCUAAUAUUUUUUGUAUUUCUCGUAUGUACAAUCAAACAACUUUGCUUACUGCCCUCUAAAGUAUAGUUAACAGUCGGGUGCGUGUAUUGUAUUAUAAUUUAUUUACACUUUCCCAAGGCAAGUGACAUAUUUGAUAAAUUCAUGCUUAAUGUUAAGUGCCAUUUUCAGAUGAUUAACAGAAUUUCUCACUUUAACCAUUCAAAUGUAGGUGAGAUAGGAUGUACCGAUAAGGAUGAUGACGGGGUACAGUAAAAUAAAUUUUAUUUAGUCUACAGAUGGACUAAUAGUAGAUUAUUAACCAAGGGGAUAAAGCAGUGUCUUCUGUCGCGGGUGACGAUUUAAAUCGCGAGCGUAACGAAGGACUCGAGGCUUACUCCCGAGCGUAGCGAGGGUGUUAAAAACUUAAGUCACGCGAGCGAAGCGAGAGAUGUAAGACGAGUCCUGAGUGUAGCGAGGGAUUUAAGUUCACCCAAGACUAAGACAGCUUUAUCACCGAGGAAAAUACUCUACUUUUCGUACCAUUUGCGAAAAAAUUAACACAAAAAUAAUAUGAGACAAGCAUUUAUUAAAAAUAAUGACUAAAUGUAAAAGUUAACAUUCGAAACAUUGGUCCAAUUAAAUACGGCCUCGUCGGUUUUCGUAAUUUUAUUUAAUAAUCAUAACUGCACAAUAAAUGCGUUUUCCUUUUUCAAAAAGAUGUAUAAUGCUUUAAUACAAACACAGAUGUAGUUCAGUAUAAAUUUCGGUAAGUAUUCCAAAUUUAAAUCACAUUCUCCCCCUAGAGGAUGAAUGAAAUUAAGUACAAUUUUCCCACCCUGUUUUUAACAGAUUAAAAAUGACUAUUGUUAUGUUCGCUUUUUGUGGCAUAGAAUGUCACUUUUUUGAGCAAGUGGUACAAAAAUACUAUUUCGUUUAUUUUAUUUCUAACAGUAGAUUAUCAAAAAAUAAUGGACAUUUAGUUUUUCUUUUGUCAAUCAACAAAGAAAUAUCAAAGAUAUAGCGCCUCAAAGUUUGGGAGUGGGUGCUACUGCAUGAUGUUUCAUAAAGAAAAAACACGUGUCCAAUACUUAUUGAUAAAUUACCUGAUAGACGAACAAAAAAAGUUAGCAAUCAUCCCUAUUACAGAAUUCAGCGGUUCAAUAAAAACUACACAUUUGAGUCUGAUAUCGUUAGAGGGAAAGAGUUUAAAUUAUCGGGAUAUUUAAUAUUAUUGUCGCCUAAAAUAGCAUGAGAAACAGACUGUGUAUCGCACGCACACUUCUUAUAUUUAUCAAACCAAUUUAUUAUAUUUGUGCAAACUGCUUCCUGAAGGUAUUAAUAGUUAGUAAUUGUACCUAAUACUCGGAUAAAUCUACGGUUCAGUUAGAUGAUGCAUUAUUACGUCUAUAUUUAGCAAUUUUCGUACCGGAAGUUCACACUGGCACAUGCAAAUAAAAAUCAACCUUUAUCACUGUACCAAAAUAGAAAAAUAAUUCCUGUAAUUAUUACGUUUAUUUCAGAAAUCGAUUACUAAAUUUCAAAAGUCAAAACUGCAACCUUACAAGAGAUAGCGACGAAACCUAUUCCUCUGUGAUCUAUCAUACUACCUAUUACAUUAUUAUUUACAGGAUUAAAGAUUCAAAUAUAUACUACCUAACUAACUACUUCGAAGAUAAAAUUUUUAAUAAUUACCUAAUUUUCUUCGAGUACAUAAAAUUAUCAAAUUUAAACGCACAAAUAAGUGCCGGAUGUUCUAAUGGGAUAAAAUUUGCCAAUACUUCGUCGGUAUUAUUUUAUUUAUUUAAACGGGAAUCAGCAUUACAGAAAGAGAAUAGUUAAAGGACAGGAUAUGGUAAGCAAAGGCACGAGAGUAUUUUUUAUAUCGCAGCGUCCACAGAUAAUGGCGGCCGCUUAUAAUUUUUGAUUUAAUGUAAAGGCCAUAUUAGGAUUGUUUGCUACCAUUUUUACCCAACUUCAAAAAAAGAGGAGGUUCUAUGUUCGACUGUUUUUGUUUUUUAAUGUAUGUUCACCGAUGUCUCCGUCAAUUGUGGAUCGAUUUCCAAAAUUCUUUUUUUAUUCGAUAGAGUGCACUUCCGAUGUGGUCCCAUUGGAACCAAGACAGGAUCUGAUGGUGGAAUUCGGGUAAAUCGAGGGAAACCGUCAAAUUUCAAAGGCACGCACGAUGUUUUUUUAUGCAUGUUCACCGAUUUCUUCAUCAAUUGUGUUAUUGUUUACUUGGACGAUGUAAUUUUCACUAAAAUGUAUGAAAUAAAAAAAAUUUAAACAAAAAAAACCGACUUCAAAAUCGAAAUAGAACUAAAAAGUAAAAAAUAAUAUCUUUCAUGAUUUGGAAGUCGGGCGGCCGGCGUCAAGAUUGAAACAUUAAAUAGAUUUUCGUUUUUUAUCGGUAAUAAUACGUCUUCCAAUCUUGACCCGCUCGACUUCCCAAACAUGAACCAGAUAUUAUUUUUUACUUUUUAGUUCCAUUUUCGAAUAUAAAAUCAGUUUUAUUUUUUGUUUAAAAAUUUUUUAACAAAAAACAUGCUGAUUUUUACCUACGCGAUGGGGCUGCCUGUAUUUUGUCGUUAAAAUGAGAAGAGAUGUUUGAAUGAAAUAAUAAUAAAAAACACCUACCUAUGUAAAUCCACAAGACAGGAAAAAGGUACUAAAUGUUCAAUUGGAAUUUUGGAAAUCUUUUCAAUAUCUUUUAUAGUUAGUCUUUAGACUUAGAUAGACUUUUUUUAAUGUAAAAAAAUUGUAACCGCAUGGCUAUAACUAUUGAUUAGGCGAAAUGCUACUUGAACAAACAAACGCAUAAUAAUGGCUUUUUAUAAUAAUAAGAUAUUUUUAUUUCUUUAGAGUCACUAUAAAAAAAAUCAAUUUCUUGAUCAUAUUGAACAUGAAAAUUAUAUUUUACAAAAAUACAAUAUCUUUUUACUAUUACGAGAACUGUCUAGUCUUAAAGUAACAAACGAUUAUUUUCUCUAUUCAACAAAACUAUAUGAAUAAUAAUAAAUAAAAUUAUAUUUUAUCUCUAAGAUUUCAAACAAACAAAAAUAAUAUUUUCGUAUAUUGUAAUAUCAAUAACGUUAAUUCUCAAUUUUUGGGUAAGUGCAGUUUUAAGGACAUUUUUUUUUUCAAUUAUGUCAAUUCAUUACAUCAGUCGGUCAAUAUUGUCGUGUGUACGGGCUCUGGUCGGGCUGCAUAAAUAAAUCUUUGCACAUGUCGAUCUAAUUUCCAUUACACAAUCAAAAAAGUUUUAUUAUUUAGAUGUAUUAAUAGUUGUGGUUAAAUCCCGAAGGAGCCAUCAUAGAAGAAAUCUAAUGAAAAAUUUGUAUGGUUUUUGGAUUCAGCUUAAGGUAACUGUUGGCGAAUUAUUUUUAGGCGAAAAUGGCUUGCCCCCGAUCUAUAAAAUUUAUACUUAGAGGCUUUUCCAUUUUGCAAGUUCAAGUUAAAAACAACUUGAACUUCCAACUGAUAAACCACUUUUCCCUCGACUAUUAAAUAAAUUUCAAUUGGUACUAUUAAUACACUUAAUUGCCUUCGAAAAUCUUGCGAAUUACCUAUGUUAAUGUUUGACCAAUCAUUUGUAGUCCAUGUAGCCAUGGUUACGAAGGCUACGAUAUUAUUCCAGCUGAAAUAUUGCAUUUUGUAUCUACUUUUGGACAUCCACAGAUGAAAUCAUAGUUUUAAUCGUUAUCUUUUUAUUUUAUAAGAGAAAAAUCGCAUCAGUGUUUAUAAAACUUGCGAAUAUGACAAUAUAAUCCCUAACCACAUCAGUAUAAUACCGGUUUAGUCUUUAUGUUUAUAAAUUGGUCUGGUUCUGGCAUUUAUAUAGUUGUAAUCUUAAAACUGUAAUUCUUAUCAUGUUCUAUAAAGCACAACUGAUAUAGGUAGGCUUAAAAGAAUCAUGUUAGAUUCAGGUCCAUUAAAAUAUUUAUUUAUAUUUGUUCUUAAGUUUUAAGGUAAAGUGUAUGGAUAAAUGAGAUUCGAGUUAAUUUCCGGGCUACAUAGCAAAACAGGAAAUCUAUGUUAUAUACCUGAUAAUUCUUAUGAACUGGAACUAUUAGUAUGAGCAAAAAGCAGUAGUAAUGGUAAAGUGUGACUGAAUACGCUUUAAAGAACAGCACCUCAUUACUUGCUUUUUUGCUUCGCGUUAGAAGUGAUAUGCCCCAGAACUGCGGCCAAAGCACGAAUUUUGACAGCUACGUAAUCGUAUUGCAUUGCAUUGUCAAAGUUUGUAUGAAAAUUAUGCAGCGCCUCUACCGGACGUAAAAACAAACUGACUCCUUCCAUACAAAAUUUGUCGAUACCAUUAUGGAGCUGUAAAAAUUCGUGCUUGGGCCUCUGGGAAGGCGAUGAUUUAGUUACUGCACUGUAAUGAUUAUUGUAUAAUUGUACUAAUAAAGUUAUUUUAUAUAUUAUUAAGAAGAGAUGAAAUUAUAGUCUGUGAUGUGACGAGUGCUGGCAAAGCCCAUGUUUCUCUUACAAUACAACCCUGGUUGCGUCUGUAUGAAAGUUGUCAAGUUGAUGGUAAAUCAAAUAUUUGCGUACUAUUAUGUCGUAUUAUGAUCUCAACAAUGGUUUUAAUGUCUAAUCUUAUGCAAUGGUAUUCUGACACCAUUUGUAAAAAGUCAAAAAUAGCCAAAUCUGAAUGCAUAAGUAAUGUAAGACAAAAUGUCGCCAUUUUAUAAAAACAUUGUAACAGUAGUUUUACUAAGUGUUAAUAAACAAAUUGUGAAUGAUUA